CGCUGUGGGAACGUAUGUGCCUGGACACGCCAUCUGCCAUGAAAGAUGAACAAUGAGCACCUUGACCCAGACGAGGACGUUGAUUGGUGCUAAUUGGUCCUCAAUAUGUCGCAAUUGCCAAUCAAGAUGGCAUGUGUGUCCUCUGGAAUUCUGUUCUUGCCAUGAUAUAAGGGACGAGGCAUUUCCACAAUGACUCCGAUUCCCUGUCCAUGUAAAAAUCCAAGUACCGCUGCACACGUAAGACUGGGAGGAGCCAUUUACAAGUACAAUUGUGGUUGGCUUGCAGAAGAAUUCGAAACAUCAGUGACAUCAACCCGGGUUGUUGUCUCGGGCUACCCAAUACAUCUGCGUGCACAAUUGAUCACGGGCAGGCAUCGAACGGGUAUUAACGCUUCAACUUUCGACACUCGGCUUCCCUGUGUGACUUGUGGUCUUGGAUGAUUUCGACCUUUUCGAUACAUCAGCUACGGCCAUAUCUAGCUCAAGCACGCUCAAGCAGGUCUUCAUCGAAGCGGUAGUCGAGUCAAGCCAGGCCAUCCUCGAGUCGACCAUGCCUUCGUACGAGAAACACAACUUGGAGUCCCCUCCCCACAGUCCUCGGUCCGUGGACUCAGAUUCCGGUCGAUCAACUGGGGAAAGAAAAUCAUCCUGCGUCUCCUCCAAGUCAAUUCAGGCAGUCUCUCCUGGUCACACCCCCAAAGUCCAACUCGUCCCAUACGCCCGGACGGCGAGUUUUGAUGUGGCCUUCUCGGAUGUCGAACGGGAGUUGCUGAGAAACACCAAUUUCGACGCCCUAGACUUGUCAUCCCAAGACUUUGAGUUCGAAGACAUCUUCACCUACGACAAGCCUCAGAAAAAGUUAACCAAAGUGGUUGAAGUGUCCAGACCGACGCGAGAUUAUCGAGAUUGGUCGAAUUUCUCCUUCAGUCAUUACUCGGCCGCCAUCAGUGCUCGCAAUAAAGUGAAUAGGCAGAAGACUGGCAUCGGAGAGCUGUACAUGAAGAACCGGGUCGAGGCAAAGAAAUAUUGACCGGAAAGGGCAGGCUCGCCUCAACUUGAGGUCGGGACAUGAUUUUCACGGCCGCUUUGAUUCAUUCCUUUAUUUCCCCAGCAAUGGUGCAGGCCGAUGCGAGUAGGGAGGAACCUACCGGUCCACUCAGCUCAGCCUCACUAUUGCUCGACAUUUUCACCGUAGACGGUACACCACUUUAAUUGACAGAUUUCGGGCAAGGCGUACAGGAGAGAAAUGUGAACAUGACAAUUCACACCAAAAGUUUUGGCGUUCAGGAACAUGCCUUGCUGGCAGACAGGCAUAAAAUUAUUUUGGGAUACCAAUGGGAGGACGUGGCAUACUGAUCAAAAUGGCGGAUAGCAUGCUCGCAUGAAUAGCAUGGAUAGGACAGCUUUACCUUUGUUGCCUCUGGGCAGUUGGAUUUCAAAAUACAAACACAUCUUAGCUCUUCCUACAUACAUAGUACAUUGUGGGAUACGGACACGAGACGUUGCUCCCUACUAUGAUAGUGUAAGCUGAUGACAAUGAUGGUGAUGAUGGUUAAUCUCGUUCUGCAGAUCCUAUCGUGUCAUGGUGACCACGUUCGGGACCGGGCAUCCCAGAAGGAUCAAAGACGCGAGAGGAGAAAGGCGUGGCUGGGGGCCAGAUGGUUAUUUCUGGGGGGAAGAAGUCCCUUUUGAUCCCUUUUUCUUUGAGGAUGGACAUGGGUGGCGCACGGAUGUCUGGUUGUCUGGUGUUUGGCUCGUAGCAAUCUGAAACGCCGCGCAAUUUGCCCAAUCCGCUCACUGUGUAUGACAGUAGGAGUAACUCAGCGGCGAAGAGAACAGCGACGAACAAUUGUCAUUAUGCUGUGUUACUUUGUACUGGUUCUCGUGUCUGGCUUCGGGUAUGGAUGCACUUUCAAUAUAUUGGUAUCUGAGGCAGACUCUGAAUUCAAGGCAAAG